GUGAUGACAGCCGACCUCACAGCAGUCAGCCACGUUACGCUCUCAAUCCACUUUUCCCCAGUCAAUUCAUUCACUCCUCUUUUCUUAUUCAAGAUACAACAAAAACCAACAAUGUCCUACUUGCCGUCGGUGCCUGUGGCGACGGCCACGACAACGACCUCUGCAGAGUCGGCCUAUCCGCAGCGCCUGGCAUCGACGGUCGAGGUUCUGAUUGACGGGAUUGCCGCGUUCAGCUCGAUCUGCGACGCGGUCGAUCACGCCAAGCACUCUGUCGUCGUCACCGUGUCGUAUCUGCAGUCGGAUGGCAGGCUGCAGCUCGCGGGCAACCGUGGCGACCUGCUCGACUACCUCUGGUCGGUUGCGUUGCGAGGUGUGGACGUCCGAUGCUUGCUCUGGGCAGAGCCAAUUCUCGGAACGUAUCCCAACAUUUGCAACGACCGCCCAGAGCGGCUGCGUAUGAUUGAGAAUAUCGGCAAGAAUCUCCCGUCGUCCGUCCAGCAGGCCCUGGCGGAUGGAGAGGACGUGCUGGCCAAGCCCACGAAAACCGGCAAGCUCUACUUGCGCUGGGAUCGUUUGGCGCCCGAAACCCUCAAGCGCACCGUGCUUGGCCCCAUCCACUGCCAUCACCAAAAGUCGUGGAUUGUUGACGGGGCGAUUGCGUUUGUUGGUGGCAUGAACAUUACCAACGGCUACAUGACCCAUCCGGGACACGAAGUUGCCGAGAAUGCCAUCUCGUUCGUGUCGCCCGGCGAGCGCGACGUGCACGAUGUCUAUGUCAAGUUCACUGGCCGCGAUCCCGUGGCUGACGCGCUGAACAACUUUGCCGAGCGCUGGAACAGCGCCAGCUGUGUGACAAACAAAGCUUCCAUUCACCGCGAAUCAGCAAUGGCUCUUCCGCGCAGUGAGGCUGCCGCUACCGAGGUUCUUGAUCCUGAGACUUUGCUUGCACCCGUCAAUCCCGGCGCCAAACCAAGCAUCCGUGUUCAGCUGACUCGCACCUUCCCCGAGUAUCCUCACCUUUCGUCCACGGUAACCCGCCCGCCCCGAUACGAGAUGAGCAUUUUGGAGCAGUACAUGCUCGUCAUCCCCCGUGCCAAGCGGUAUGUCUACAUUGAAAACCAGUCCAUCCAAUCGCGAGCGAUCGUCGCCGAGCUGGUCAAGGCAACUGAGCGUGGAGUGCGGAUUGCCAUUCUGGUUCCUGCGCACUCCCAAUUCUGGGGCAGACUGAACAGUGCGACGACUGCUGGCCUGGUCGCCGUCUGCGCCAAUGAGCACAACUCUUUGGCCCAUCCUGUAGUCAAUCACCCCACUUCAAAGAAACUGUACUUUACGCCUCACGUGCACUCCAAGUUGAUGAUUGUGGACGACGAGCUCCUGAUUGUCGGGUCUUGCAACAUUGCCGAGCGAUCGUUGAAGAGCGACAGCGAACUCAACAUUUCUGUGUGGGACCCAAAGAUUGUCCGUUCGACAUUCCGCCGAUUGAUGGCCGAGCACAUUGAUCAGCCGUUGAGCGAUGGAGAUGCCUUUGAUCUCAUGGCAACCUUCAAGCAGGUGGCUCAAGCAAAUGCGGUGCGCUUGCAGAACAAGCGUCCUGUUGUCGGCCACAUUGCAGCCGUCAACGCGGCCACGUAUGGAAAGAUGGGCUUGUUGGCCACGCUCGAGCACACCUACGUGGCAUUCCUGAUCUACACCUUCUUGUUUCUGUUCCCCUCUGCGUCUCAGCACGACUUUCGCUCCAACGUUCGGAACUUGCACUUUGUUGGCAUUCCAAUUCUCGUCCUCAUUGUUGCUUACUUUGUUCUCCUUUGAACAGUGCUCGACUUGUGUUGUGCUCGAUUUGUGUUGCUUGAGUAAAACCACCAAACAAAAAAAAUGAAACAACCACCCUCUCAACCCAUCUCAAC